AUGCAAUCUCUCAGAGGAGUCUCCACUCUGGGUUGCAGCGAAGUACAGAGCAGCCUGAUCAGACCAGGACAGAUCGAUAGAUACCUUGUAGAUGCCCAGAGAUAUCAGCUUAUGUACAAAUCAGUGGAACCUGUCAGCGGAAGACCACUCUUUGUCCAGGGAAAGACGAAAAGAUUGGAUAGGAUUGUCGUGGAUACUGUGCAGGGAAGGGAUAAGGUCUACAAUGUCAUCUUCGUUGGAACUGAGGAUGGGAAGAUCAAGAAGCUAGUUAACCUUGAUGGCUUGGACAAUGCUUGCAUUGUUGAAGAGCUCUGUGUUACGCCUAUGCACAAGUGUGAUCCACUCAGGACAUUGAAAAUCAGCAAAAAGAAGAAUGCCCUCUAUGUCGGACUACCAGAGGCUAUCGUCAAAGUACCUGUUGAAAGAUGUCAUCAAUUCACCACCCAAACUGAGUGUCUGAAUGCUCGAGACCCAUAUUGCGGAUGGCAUCAGCUUAGAUUAGAAUGCACAACAUAUCCUGAGGAUCCUUUAGAGGUUGAGGUUUGGAUACAAGAUAUCACAGGAUGCCCUAUCAUGGACAAUACAGUUGAUGGCAAAUUUGGUGAGUGGUCCAACUGGACCCAGUGCUCCGACCCCCUAGGACUUGAAGCCUGUAUGUGCCGCUACCGGGACUGUGACUCGCCGGCACCCAAGUGCGGGGGCACUACAUGUAUAGGAGAGUAUCAGCAGGUCGUCAACUGUACAGGUAGACCUAGUGGCCACAGCGGUCCAGGCACGGCAAUUGAUAAUUACAGGCCAGGAUUCUGGGGUGAAUGGAGUUUAUGGACAGAGUGCUCUGCUCUGUGUAAUGGUGGAAUUCAAUCUCGUGUUAGAGACUGUGUUAAUGGACAGGCCUGCAUCGGUGAUUCAACUCAAACGAGAGAAUGUAAUAAACAAGCAUGCUCAGAGGUUCGUAGACCAACUGACUGGACUCCUUGGUUGGUUCAUAAUGUGUCUGAAGAUGGUCUUCUUAUGCAACGCUUCAAGUACAUCUGCAGAGCUCAGGUGCCAGCGAGGGAUAUGGUGUCUGUCGGUAGGAUGAAGGGACAGUUUAAGUUCUGUCCUUUCAGCAGUACAAAUAAAAGGUGCUGGGGUGAUAGUGAGAGUUUUGGUGGGUGGACCAUGUGGUCUCCAUGGUUACCAUGCAGCUCAUCAUGUGGCCAAGGUGUUCAGGUCAGGCACCGCGCUUGUUUCCCUGAUAACGCUGAUUGUAACGGGCAGUACUACGAAAAACGAGAUUGCUUGACCUAUGUUCCCUGCCCAGUAAAUGGAGGUUGGGCUUGUUGGGGAGAAUGGAGUGAAUGUUCGGCAAGCUGCGGCAAGGGUAUCAAGCAGCGUUACCGUGAGUGUACACACCCUCUCCCACUCAACGAUGGAAUGGAAUGUACGGGGAGUAACAUGGAGGAAGUACCCUGUGAUGGGGUGGACUGUCCCAAAACAGAUGUAUUCGAAUUACCCAACUGGCCAGGUAUAUCAGUAAGAACCGGUCAGCGUGACCCAUCUGGGGUAGCAGGUGGGGCCAUAGAUACCAACCUUGGCUGGAAGGAGUGGAGUAAAUGGUCUUCAUGUAGCCACAAAGGGCGCCGUCACAGGAGCAGAAAGUGCGAAAGUGCUAUGCCACUUUACAAGCAAUGCAUGGGAUGCGUGAAAGAGAUCGACUGGUGCUAUGAAAACGAGGAUACACCAGCCUCUCCGUUCCAAGCUCCAGCUGUUCAGAGGCUUCAAGCCACACCCAACUGUCCCAACCAAGACGGAACCAUGGAACCCCUCUACUUCUGUAUUGUAGCCAUCGUAGCAGCUGUAGCAGGGUCAAUCAUGUCACUCUCUGUAUACAUCUCGUGGCAGAAGAACAACAAAAGGCGGGAUCAGACCCAGCUUGACUAUGACGAUGAGGAGGAUGACUUUGGCGACAUGGCACAGUACUCCGAUUCUGAAUACUCCUUUGAUGGCAGUGAGUCUUCGCCGGCACAUAUCACCUCAAAUCCAACAGAACUGGAAAAUGAGAGAUGAACUUGACAAAUAUCCUCUCUAGACUCUUUUUAUAUGUUUAAUGAUUUGAGUGUUCUCACGAGAUAUGGGGAAAGUGGACUCUUUUUCUUGUGCUGCAUCUCAAGAAGCCGUUAUCCUCCUUAUGGAAGCAACUUCGACCUCAUGACUUGAUGCGCGUGACGAUAUUCUUGCACUUAUUUAUAUAUACAUAUAUAUAUAUUCUAUUUUUCCCUUGUGAAGUUCAGCUGUAUUCAUUUGGUGUAUUGUCCUAUUUAUGAAUGUCAGUAACUGACACGUUUUUAAGCUUGAAUUGUGAAAUGGACGCAAAAACUCUUGUAUCGCUUAUUAUUGUCGUUGACUGCCGAGGAGUGUUGGAUAUGUUUCAGUGGAUUUAAGAGAUAAGAGGACAUGUGAAAAAUCAUCUAUGCAAAUUAACAAGGACAUCGGCUUUGUGACAUCAAGAGGAAUCCAAACUGCUGGAAGAAACAAUUUUACAUCUCUUUAUUUUCAACAUUAUUUAAAGCACUACAUUUUAUCAAAGAAUAUAUUGGGCUUAAGUAAUGGCAUGGGUUUUAUGUCUAUCAGUAUGAAAGAAUUAUUUAAAAAGCUAACACGGUCAAUAGUCAGCUUAUGCCAUUAUGUUGGAAUCAAGCAAUAAGCACUGUGGUUAUAUGUGGUUUUAUAUAUUUGCAUUUUUUUGUUCUUGUUUUAACGUGUAAAUGAAAAAUGUAUCAAUAAACUAGGAACAUCAAUCAGAACAAAUAAAAAGCUUGUUAUGUUGUAUUCAUUUUAAUAUGCUUCUCAUUGCAUUGUUGAGUUGAUAUAUUCUCCAUUGAUUAUCAUGAAACAUAUGGCUUUAUAUGUUGUAUAUAAACUUUAUUUAUAUGAGCAAUAUCAUUAAUAUGCUGAUAUUGCAUGUAAUGUUUGUCUGUUACCAAAUAUUGUGGGCACAAUUUUGGUCAUUAUCAUAUGAGUUGUUUAGUGUAUUACAGUUAUUUUCUUGGUUACUAAUUUUGGCUUUUUCGUUGCUGAAUUUUCCUCCUUAAUUUCUGUGAUAAUUGUGGGAAUAGCACUGUCAAGUAUUUUUUUUAUCUGAUGACUACUACUACUCUGGCCCUUCAUAUUAGUAUUAAUUUGUAUGAAUACAUUAACUUGAUAAAUGAAUUGAAAAUACUCUACAAAUGAUAAUUACCUGUUACAAAAGUAAGUUAUGCAUAGUCUUAAAACUAAUUAUGUUUUUUAUUUUUAUUUAUUAAAGUCCUAAGACUAUUAUGUCAUCUAUCAGUUUCAAUUUCUUUAAGAUAUGUUCUUCAUCUCACUAUAUCAAUAUGUCUUGAUAAUGCAGAUGAAAUUUUAAACUGUUAUCUGUUUAAAUUGUUGUAAGUGUACUCUAUUGAAUAACACAGCAAUAAAGUUAUAUAGUUCAGCUCUUCAAUUGAUUUACUUCCAUGAUUGAGUUAAGGAUUAUUUUGUAUUUUAGAAAACUGUUUUAACAGUGAUUAUUUUUAGUUUCAAACCUCAAUUAUGCAUUUGGCAAAUCCACCCACUCUUGAAAUGAUAAAACCAAGGGAAGAUGUUAUUAUUAUGUAUUCAGUAAUAUUAUAAUUUAAGGGAAAUUGAAAUAAAAUCAUGAUUGUAUUAAAAUUGUGUACAAACCCAGACAGCUAUAUAUGGUAUUUAUAUUAUUGUAAUAUAUAUUGUAAUGAAUUGUAUAGAUUGCCUUGUAUUAAAUGCACAUAUCUUUGUACUAGGGUGAUAAUUAUUAACGAGACUCUAAACAAUGUGUUGUUGUUUGUCUCCAAAGAUUGAAUAUUUUUUGUCAUUUUGUAUGUGUAUAUAAUAACAUGACACAGAUAUUGUGUUCACAAAAGUCAUUUUUUGAUGAAUUGUAUUGAAACCAUUUGAAAAGGUUGGCAUUUGAGCUUAUAUUUCACUUUUUGUGUCAUGAAAGGUACUUAAAAAUAGAACAAAUUAUGUAAAACAUUUUUUUUCCAUGGAUUUGGAUUGGGAAAUUAUUUGAAAUGUCAAAUUUUUCAACUAAUAUUUCUUCUUAUGCAUCUCACGACUGCUUUAUGAUUUUUUAAGUAAUACACAAAAUGAUUGGAUUUAGUAUAUAUUUCAUUUGCAAGCAACAAACAGCAGCUAAAGAUAUAUGGUAAAGUCUCUCUCCUAAAGAUUCACAGAGGUAGUAUAAUAUCAAUUUUCCAAACAUAUUGUUAUAGCCGCUUUUCCCCGAAGGAGCUGGGUGAGGUAAAUAAGAUAUUAAACAUCGGAUGUCAAUUCAUUUUCACUUAUAAGUUGGGAGGCUAUAUUAACUACUAAAGUCUACAGGUACAUAUAUAAUUAUUGCUUCGGAUUGUGAAUGAAGAAAAUCAAAUGCAGUAAAUCAAUUCCCCAGAGCUAAAAAUUGUACUGAAAUGGGAGCUUUUUUAUAUAUAUCUGUGGUAUGUUUUGGAGAUCUUUUAUGAAAGAUGUCUCUAUUACUUUACAAGAGAAAUAUAAAGAGGAUGAUAGAAUUUCUAAUUGAUCCUGGGAAUGAUGUUUAAUUAUGUUUCUGAAAAAGAUGAAUGUCCCCUGUAUUAAAACUAAUUUACUUAUGCAAAUGCGAAAAAAUGUCUUGUUCUUGUGUACCAGUAUUUUACCUCUUUUUAGUCAAUAAAAGUGAUAUGCUCUUCUA